AUGGCGAACUCGGUUGAGCAGCUCAAGAUACGACCUUUCUUGCCCGAGGACGAACAUCAAAUGUUCACCAUCUUUAGUGACACGGCACUCCAAGGACUACACGAUGCUGGCGAAGAAUCCAUCCGGGUUCGCUAUCACAUAUGGUGCCGACCAUACAUCAUGCUAUGCCCGCAGCACUGCUUCGUCCUCGACGACAAUGGGCUAGCAGUUGGCUACAUCAUCAGCACAGCCGACUCAGCCAGCUUCGUCAAACAGUGGCUCGAUCAAUACAUUCCCUUCUUACAAUCACAUGACAUCGUGAGACCCGGUCCUGAUGUUGACACCACAAAAGAGGAUAGUGUCGCUGCCUUGAGAGAGAUCGCCCACACACCCGGAGAGCAACUACUGAAGGACCGCGACCUCGUAGACACGUUUCCUGGUCACUUACACAUCGACAUCAGACCUCGAUGGCAAGGCGUAGGUAUGGGGAAACGAAUGGUCUUAACAUUUCUUGAUCACAUGAAGCGAAGCGGCUGCGCAGGCAUGCAUCUGGGUAUGGCCGCAUCCAAUGCCAGCACCGGUAAAUUCUAUGAACGUUUCGGCUUUGAACAAUAUACCAAGGUGGAAGAUGGUACUAUCAUGGUCAAGAGUCUGCAAACUUGA